AUGAGUUAUCAGGCCUUGGGGGAUAAUGCUUCAGGCGGCUACGGCCAGUACAACCCUUAUGGCGCCCAGCAAAACCCCUACGCCCAGCAACAACCGUCGCAACAGCAGCCGUAUGGCUAUGGCGGUGGGUAUGAGCAAUCUGGAGAUGCUGAGCAGGGCAAUGGCGGAUAUGAAAUGUCCAACAUGCAGGAAUCCGGCGGCCCGACCGCGAUCCUCAACAAGUGCAAGGAGAUGAACGAUGCGAUCAACGAGCUGCGCACCAAGCGCGAGGGCCAGUUGGCAUCCGCGCAGAACGCGCUUUUGGAGUCUGCCACCGGCAAGGAGGACCAGCAAACGCGCCAGACCGUCGACUACAUCGAGGACGAGAUCAACACCGCUCUGCGCUACCUGCGCGACCAGUUCAAGCGCAUUAAGGAGACUCCCGGCUCCGGUGACCCUCUCGUCGAGAACGUCAACCGCAACCUCCGCCGUGAGAUUGAGCAGUACCAGCGCACCCAGUCCGACUUCCGCAAGAAGCUGGAGGAGCAGGUCCGUCGUCGUUAUGCGAUCGCCAACCCCGAGGCUACCCCCGAGGAGCUCGAGCAGGGUGUGCAGAACGUUUUGGCUGGUCAAGAGCAGGCCUUCAUGGUUCCCGGUACUCGAUCCCGCCAGGCCAACGAUGCUCGCCAGGCUACUAUGCAGCGAUCCGCUGCAAUCCGCAAGAUCGAACAGGACAUGGUCCAGCUUGGUCAGCUCUACCAAGAGGUCGCCGAGUUGAUCCACCAGCAAGAACCCGCCGUUCAACAGAUCAACCAGGGCGCCGAGGAGACACACCGCAACGUGCAACAGGCCAACAGCAAGCUGGACAGUGCCAUCACCAGCGCCCGCAACGCGCGGCGGUGGAAGUGGUAUGCGUUGAUCAUCGUCAUCAUUAUCAUCGCUAUCGUUGUCGGUGUCGCCGUCGGAGUCACGGAAGGCAACAAGAAAUAA